AUGAAAUCUCUAACAAAAACGCGAAUUACAACUACUACAGUGACGGCGACAACGACUACAACAACAACUACAACAACAACAACGGCUACGACAACAACCACGACCACGACCACAACUUCAACAACAACCACGACCACAACCUCAACAACUACCACGACCACAACUUCAACAACCACUACGACCACGACAUCAACCACGACAACAACCGUGACCACGACGACAACAACAACUGUGACCACGACGACAACAACAACUGUGACCACAACAACAACCACGACAACCACCACCACAGGUAAAAAUAUGCGAAAAAAAUAA